GUUGUUGUACAAACACAAAUUCGUUGCAAGAAUUGAUAAGCAGCAAUCUGUUAAUGUGUAUAUUUAUAUAUGCAAUUAAAUCUUAACGUUUAAAACUUCGUUAGGUAACUUUAUGGUAAAAUGUUGGAACUAUAUUUUGUUUAGUAUUAUUCGUGCGCUCUUUAAGCGGACUAUUUUAAUCGAGGUCUUUUCUGUUUGAAAUUCCUCGCCUUUUAACUGCAUCUUUGUUUUACUAUAUAGAAUCAGAUGAGACGUGGGACUAGAUUUACGAAUUGUUAUACAAAUUGCUAAGAAUUAUUUCUAGCAUUUGGAACAUGACUCGAAGGGAUGCUUUUAAUCUAUGUAGUGUUUUGCUAUGUUUAAUGGCUGCAGCAAUUUUAUGGACAAUCAUGUGGAAUAAAAGUGACUAUAUUGACUGGAAGAAAAGGUUCAUUGACAUGUGGUCAAAUAGCAAUGUUGGACAGGGUGAAAACGUGCUCAUAGCUCAGAGAAAUAAUCUCUCAAAAUUGCUUAACCAGAAACAGCAAAUUAUCGGGCGAUUGAAAUGCGAGGAGUUAAACAGAACAAAAGUUGCUAUGGAGGAGACGACUGAUGCUGGCGGAUGGUGCCCCAUAGCCUCAAAAACGAAACAUUUAGGGUUUAACAAAAGUUUUGCUGCAGAAUUAGCCGAAUUUUUUCGAGGGAAAAACAUUGCAAGUUUUGGAGACGGACCAGGAAGAUUUAAAAGCGCAAUACUUGACACAGGACUAGUAAAAACAUACGAUGCAUAUGAUGGAGCCCCUUUUUGUGAGAUAACAAGCAAUGGUCUUGUGCAAUUUCUUGACCUUUCGUUACCACAAUUUGGCUUACCAGUUUACGAUUGGAUAUUAUGUCUAGAAGUAGCCGAACACAUACCUAAAGCUUAUGAGAAGGUUUUGAUAAGCAACAUAGUUCGACAUGCACGUGAAGGUGUCAUUUUGAGCUGGGCAAGGCCUGGACAAAAGGGUUAUUCUCAUAUAAACAACCAAUCUCCAGAAUAUGUUAUUUCUUGCAUGGAUAGACUUGGAUUUGAGGUUCAUACAAAAUUUACAGACAAAAUAAGAAGUGGAACAAUAAACAGAAAUCUUAAGCGCAAUAUAAAUGUAUUUGUUAGGAAAGAAAAGCAAUCAAAAGUUGAGUUAUCAUAUAAUGCUUGAUAAAGAUGUUAUUAUAAAAAAGUCAAAUGUACAUAUUAUUAAGAUUAAAAUUCAACUUCAUUUACUCUUAAGGAAACAAAUACUACACACACUAACUUUAACAAAGUGAUAACAUUUGAAAAAGGUCUUAAAGUAACGUUGUAAUGAAUGAUUGCAAGAGUUUGUGCGACAGUAUUGAUAAUAUUCAUUUUAUUUGCACUUCAAAUUUUAGUGUUACGUUUAUCAAAAUUAAUAAAUGUCAUAAAUGCUCUACAAUUGUUAAUAACAGUUUAUUUACCUAGCGAAGAUGUUAUGUAUG